UUCAGUUGAUGACAAUUCAGUAAAGCAUUACUGAAUUUCAGUGAAAACAAUUUGGUGUGCAGCGCUGCCAACUUUGCAACGCCAAAUUUCAAACAUGCCGAUGACAUUGCUUAUUUAGAAAGAUUUGAGAUUUCUUUGUUAACAGCGUGUGCGUAACUAACCUCUGCCCAAAAUGCCGAUCGAAAACCUGGAAGAGCAGGGUCUGGAGAAGAACCCGAACCUGGAGCUGUCGCAGAUCAAAUUUUUGCUGACUCUGCCGGAACAUAACCAGGACAAAGCGCUGGUGGACAAGCUGCUGACGGCAAUCAAGGCGGACAAUAUGGGCCCGUGGUACGAGGAGGUUUGCAAGGAUCUGGGCUGGACGGUGGACCAGAAACUUCUCGGUGAGAUGAAGGAGCUCAACCGGAAGAAGGUGGAAGAGUUGGACGCGGUCAUUGAGGACGCGGAGAAAAAUCUGGGCGAAAUGGAAGUGCGGGAGGCAAAUUUGAAAAAGUCUGAAUAUCUGUGCCGUAUCGGCGACAAAGAGGGAGCCAUUUCUGCCUUCCGGAAGACGUACGACAAGACUGUUUCGCUGGGCCACCGGCUGGAUAUUGUGUUCCACAACAUCCGGAUUGGGCUGUUCUAUCUGGAUCAUGACCUGAUUACGCGCAAUAUCGAGAAGGCCAAAACAUUGAUCGAGGAGGGUGGCGACUGGGAUCGUCGUAACCGGUUGAAGGUUUACCAGGGCGCGUAUUGCGUUGCGAUUCGUGACUUUAGAUCGGCGGCCAAUUUCUUCCUUGACACGGUCAGCACUUUCACCAGCUACGAACUGAUGGACUACGCAUCCUUUGUGCGUUAUACGGUGUACGUGUCGAUGAUCAGCCUCCCGCGGAACGAGCUGCGUGACAAGGUCGUCAAAGGGGCGGAAAUUCAGGAAGUCCUGCACCAGCUGCCCGACGUCAAGGAGUAUCUUUUUUCGCUGUACAAUUGCCACUAUUCGGACUUUUUCAAGAACCUUGCGCUGGUCGAGACUGUACUGCGUAAGGACGUCCUGUUUCAUCCGCAUUACCGUUUCUACGUGCGCGAGAUGAGAAUUUCGGCGUACACGCAGCUGCUCGAGUCGUACCGUUCAUUGACGCUGCAGUACAUGGCCGAUGCGUUCGGCGUGAGUGUGGAUUACGUCGACGCCGAGCUGUCCAGAUUCAUUGCAGCGGGCCGUUUGCACUGCAAGGUGGAUCGCGUGGGUGGAAUCGUUGAGACGAACCGUCCCGAUAGCAAGAACUGGCAAUAUCAGGCCACCAUCAAGCAGGGCGACAUCCUGCUGAAUCGCGUGCAGAAGCUCAGCCGAGUCAUCAACAUCUAGAAAGUCUGCAGUUUCAUUUAAAAUUAUAAUUAUCAUACCUACUGCAUCGGAUUAAUAAACAAAAAAAAACUUGCUUAAAUACAACUAA